GUAACCGGCGUCUUCAUGGUUACCGCCUUCUGCUGGAACCUCUCUCUCUCCACGCUCGUCUUCCCCCUCGCCCUCUUCCUGUACGCCCUCGUCUCCAACCCCUCCCCGGGCCGAGAUUCUGGCGGGCUUAUGCUCGUGUACUCCGAGAUUCUGAUUGCCUUGGAGUAUCUGUAUCAGAUCCCGACGCAUGACAGCUGGAUGGACCGCCUACUUGCAUUUAUAGGCAUCCGACCGUACCCUAGCUGGUUUGUGUGGAACGUGCUUCCUCUCUUUGCUGUCUACCUAGCCCUGCUGGUCCAAACCUCCAUCCGCUACAGGAACAGCCAGUCCAAGGACUCGAGGGACUCUAAGAAACUUGCUGAACCUGAGGAGGAGGUCAGGUUCGGAAGCUUCCAAGCCUCGGGUGGUGGUUCAGGCCAAGCCGGAUGUGAGGGGGUGGAAGAGACAGGGGAGAGGGCAGGGGUAGGGAGGCGAGGGGGGCCUGUGCUGAGGAAGGUGGUUUCUGGGGCGGGUUGAAGGGAACUGCGAGGGUGCUUGGUAGACUGGUAGGGGCCAGCCAAGCUGUUCAUGUUCAUGCUUAUGUGGACGAUGCUGCUGACAUGGAUGAUGCUGACGUGGAGGCGUCUUCUCCUCUGCUUAGUGGCAAUCGUGCGUCCACCUUCCCUCAGACAGCUGGCAAUCGCAGCAGCAGCAGCAGUUUUCUACAGAGCAGGUGGAGGAGCAGUAGCAGCAGGAGGAGGGGUGGAGCAGCCCAACAAUACAGCAGCAGCAGGAGCGGCAGCGGCAGCGGCAGCAGGAGCGGCGUUGCUGAUUCACCUCCACCCCAGCCGCUGUCCUUUUUUAAGCGCUUAUGGAUUCGGGGGUCAUGUAGAUUCACUGCAGCUUGGAGGGGAUUAAU